UGCCCCAGCCAGCCUCCGCCCACGGGGCGCUCGCUCUUCUAGUCGGGAAGCUGUAAGAGUGGGAAUCCAGAGAGAAUACCUGCUGGCUGCCUUACUCGAGUCCAAGCCUCGCCAUGCUCGUCCUCCGAAGCGGCCUGACUAGGGCUCUGGCAGCUCAGAUGCUUGCGCCCCAGGUUCGCUCAUCUUUUGCUACAGGUCCCAGGCAGUGUGAUGGAACAUUCUAUGAAUUCCGUACCUAUUAUAUUAAACCCUCAAAGAUGAAUGAGUUCCUGGAAAAUUUUAAGAAAAAUGUUCAUCUAAGGACAGCUUACUCUGAGUUGACUGGAUACUGGAGUGUAGAAACUGGCGGCAUACUGAACAAAGUGUUCCAUAUUUGGAAGUAUGAUAAUUUUGCACAUCGAACUGAAGUUCGCAAAGCAUUGGCCAAGGAUAAGAAAUGGCAGGAACAAUUUCUCAUUCCAAAUUUGUCUCUGAUGGAUAAACAAGAGAGUGAGAUUACCUAUCUGGUACCAUGGUGCAAAUUGCAAAAACCUCCAAAAGAAGGAGUCUAUGAAUUAGUUAUUUUUCAGAUGAAACCAGGUGGACCAGCUCUGUGGGGUGAAGCAUUUCAAAAGGCAGUUCAUGCUCAUGUCAGUCUAGGAUACUCAAAACUAGUUGGAGUUUUCCACACAGACUAUGGAGCACUCAAUCGAGUUCAUGUCCUUUGGUGGAACGAGAGUGCAGAUAGUCGUGCAGCUGGCAGACACCAGGCACACGAGGACCCCAGAGUGGUGGCAGCCGUUCGGGAAAGUGUCGGUUUCCUAGUGUCUCAGCAGAAUAUGCUUCUGAUUCCUACAUCAUUUUCACCAUUGAAAUAGUUUUCUCCUGAAAUCUGAAGCAUUUCUUUAACUACCAUAAGAUGUGCUUGCUAAUGGUAUUAAAUUCUCCCAAGAGAUUUUUUAUGUGAAGUGGUAACUUAAUUUGCAGCGUCUUGGAAUUUUUAAAGCCUCUCCGUCCAUUGCCACCUCAGGAAAUUGUUCUGUUCAUUUUCCUUAGUGCAUUAAAUAUCUAUUAUACAUUAGAAAUAGUUGCCACAAUUCAUUAUUCUGAUUUUACAUUUGUUUUAGAAAAGCUCUGAUUCUCGAUUUUGACAACAUAGCAUUUUCUUUGCUUUGUAGCAAUUUC